AAGAAGAAAGAAUGCUGAAAGUACCUGAAGAUUCAAAGGAAAUGAGCUGUGGGAAAGGCAAGGACUGAAUCCAGACUAAGACAGGAGUCUAAUCUGUAAAGAGAAAUAACUGGAACUCUAAACUACAAAAACUCUGAAAUUUGCCUAAAACAACAUUUAGGAUGCAGUCCUCUUCCACUUUUAAGGAGAGCGGUGGUCACAGCCAGUGGGAGCUUUUAUUAAUCCAGUAGUCUCUGGCACUGAAGGCAGAAAGUUCUGUUGCUAAUUGGAUUAUUGUGGGAUUAUUUGGAGAGGAGAGAAGCUUCUCAAAGCAGAGGAAGGUCAGGAGUAUAUGGAAGUGAAAAGAAGGAUCUACCUAGAAGCACCAUGGGUCAGCUGAAUGCACACACUAGCCUUGACAGCUAGGUGUUGCACCAGAGGCCACUUCCACCCACAUGAGUCUACGAAUUACAAGUUGCAAGAAAAGCAAGUGUGAGUGGGAGACGUAGUGAACUGAGAGUACCAGGAGAAGAGCAAACCUCUUCAGAGGGGAGAAAGAACAGGAGUACUUCUGGUACAGAGAGUCUACUUUGGACCAUGUCAAUCUUCUGACCCAAUAAAGAUCACCCAUGGGGAACCAGCCCCUGGAGCGCUCUGGUCUUUCCCAGUCCAGUUAGGGUCCAAAGUGGUGGAGAAGAGCCCAGCCCAGUGACUUGGGAUCCAGAAAAAAGCAGCGGCAGCAGCAGCCUCUGAUUAAAACCAUCAAGACUGCUUCAUCCACGACACUAGGAUUCAGGACUUCUCCUCCCAACAAGGAAAGCACCAAGCAAUGAUGAAGACUGUGUCCAGUGGGAACUGCACCCUGAGUGUGCCAGCCAAGAACUCCUACCGCAUGGUGGUGCUGGGAGCCUCCAGAGUGGGCAAGAGCUCCAUCGUCUCACGCUUUCUCACUGGCCGCUUUGAGGACCAGUACACUCCCACCAUUGAGGAUUUUCACCGCAAGGUCUACAACAUCCGGGGAGACAUGUACCAGUUGGACAUCCUGGACACAUCUGGGAAUCACCCUUUCCCUGCAAUGAGGAGGCUUUCUAUACUGACAGGAGAUGUUUUCAUCCUGGUGUUCAGUUUGGACAACAGAGAAUCCUUUGAUGAGGUCAAGAGGAUCCAAAAGCAGAUCCUUGAAGUCAAAUCCUGCCUGAAGAACAAGACCAAAGAGGCAGCUGACCUCCCCAUGAUGAUCUGUGGCAACAAAAAUGAUCAUAGUGAAAUCUACCGCAAGGUGCGCUCAGAGGAAGCAGAGAAGCUUGUCUCCAGCGAUGAGAACUGUGCUUACUUUGAAAUCUCAGCCAAGAAGAACACGAACGUGGAUGAGAUGUUCUAUGUCCUCUUCAGCAUGGCCAAGCUACCUCACGAGAUGAGCCCUGCCCUUCACAGGAAAAUCUCUGUCCAGUAUGGCGACGCCUUCCACCAAAAAUCCUUCAGGAUGCGCCGGGUCAAAGAGAUGGAUGCCUAUGGCAUGGUCUCCCCCUUCGCUCGCCGACCCAGUGUCAACAGUGACCUGAAAUACAUCAAAUCCAAAGUUCUCAGGGAAGGCCAGGCAAGGGAGAGGGAGAAAUGCACUAUCCAGUGAAGGGGUAUCCGCCAUUUUGAGUGAAGUCAUUGUGUUGGUGCAGUGCCUUAAAGAAAACGGUUUGAGAACGGGUUCAUAGCACCCACCUGAUGGAGGAUGCCCACCAUGACCGUAAGCAUGGCUCUUCCUCAGACCUCCACAGCAUCGCUAAUGUAAAUAGUAAACUUCCAAGCUACCCUUGUAAACAGUUGAGGAAAUCAGAGGUCUGAAAGGUGACUGGCUUCUUCAUUUCUUAAUUAAGUUCCUUUUCGUUCUUCUCCUGUCUGAAGAACUUGGACUUGUAAAGAAGGAUUUGCCUCUUGCCCACCCAGGGAAUAGGUCAGUAACACACAAAAGGCAUUGGGUCUGUGUAAAUAACAGUAACCCAUUAUUCAUCCUCUGCUGAGAAAAACAAAUGUCUUUUUUCAAGCAUACUUUAAAAAUGCUCCAGUUUACCCAUCUUCAUUCAACGGAUAAUUGUAUUAACCCAGGCUCUUCAGAUUGAGGGUGGACUCUAUACAUGGGUGUGCAAUUCUGACUGGCCAGUUAGAUGACCUCUAGUUUGCUGUAUCUUAGAAAGUCUGGGAGUGAUGAAAUUUUGCUGUACCGGUGGCAAUUUCUAACAGCCAUUGACGUAAACGUCACUUUUGUAUUAUAGCUUUAAUCUUGUUUUUGUUUUGUUUUUUCAAGUGAAACCAGAUGGCAAUUGUGUAUUUGAAAUGAAAACCGUGUCUCUGUUCUAGAAUUGCCAAGUAUUUUCAGUUUUAAGGUUACAUAAUAUGUACAGUAAUUGAAAGUGAAAUUGUUGUACUGUAAAGCCAACACAUCUGACUGCUAGCUAUCCUCAUGUGUGAUUGUGUCUCAAAACAAGCACAAAUCUGUUACAGGUACUCUGAAUACUUCAUUAUAAAUACUCACUCUGCCCACCUCUCUAUCAGAGCAAUGGUUCCUUCCUCCUGUCUUUGACAAGAGAUUAACCCGAUUUGAAUUUUGGCUUGAACUAUUAUAGAAAGAGGUUUGGACCUUCUUCUGGAAUUCAGGGAUGACAGGACAUGGGGAGUUGAUUUGGAACCAACUCUGCUUGGAACCAUCCCUUCAUUCCAGAGUUCUCCUUAUUACUGAUGGGGUUUGCCCCUGAACAGAGGAUGGGCAUAGGCGCCACUAAAGUCCCUGAGAGCAUAAUCCUUGUGCUAACUCUCUGCACAGGGUGAAUUUUGCCACUGUGAUUAAUUUGGGGUUGAGUCACUCUUUCCCAUUCCUCCCUUGCCCUGGUCCCUGGCUGCUAUCUCCCUGCCUUUUCUAUUUCAGUGUCUCUUGCUUGGUGUGCUGGGGCCCUGUGUGCGCUCAGAGAGCCAGAUGUAUUCCCUCAGAUAUGAGCAUGCCACUCCCAUUGAUUUAAAUGGGAGAUGGGCAUACAUAGCUGUGGGCAGAAUCUGGUUCUAAAAUUGUAAGUAACAACAGUGCAUAUAUUCUUCCCAUGAGUGUGUUUUACACAACUCAUACCAGCCCUGGCAUAUUCCACCCUGCCCCAUCCCUCACAUACUGCCCCUGUAUGUAUCCAUCUCGCUGUGUCCUGGCUGGAGCUGUGGGCUGAAUCCUAGUUCGUUCUGUAACUUGACAGGUGACAAAGAAUGACGGAUAUUUGCUAGAAAUAGCUUCUGAGAGACCCAAUCCCGUCUCCACUUGUCCGUCAUUCCAUCCUCGCUCACAGGUAAAACGCACAAGUGUUUGAUUCCUGGUGCCAUGGCAACACCCUAUAUUAUCAAGUCUCUCUCACUCUCUAUAAAUAUGUAUACUGUUUAUGAUUAAACCUGAUUUAUUUA